AUACUAUAUAUAUACUCUAUAAGUUGUUUAAGUCUUAUUGUUGGUUGAAUGAUUGAAUCACGUUUAGUUAAAUUAAUAAAUGAUGUUCUGAUUUUUUUUAAUAAAUAAUACUUCUUCCGUUUCUAAAUAUAAGAUGUUUUAACUAAAACACAUAGAUUAAGAAGUCUUUACUUUUAACAAGUUCAAUCAAUCAGAAACAAUACUGUAUAAUAUAAAAUGCUAAACUAGUCUAAAAGUUAUAUAGAAACUUGAAAACAUUAUCUUCUCUAAAAAAUCUUAUAUUUUGAAAUGCAAGGAAUCUUAUAUUUUGAAAUGGAGGGAAGAAGUAUACGAUUCGAAAAAAUUUUACAUAAAAUGAGAUUGAUGGGUUAUGAAUACUUUUUUUUUAAUUGAUGAGUCAGCCAUAUUCGUCUGCCAAAUAAAACAACCGCGUUCCGUUCGGUCUCUCUAAAGUCUAAACCUUUAUUUUUUCUAACUGUACAUUGCAUCUUCCACGAAAAAAUUGCAUCUUUCCUUUUCCGUGCAUAGAGCAAAUUAAAGUCUCCAUCUUUUGAUCUUCAAAUCCCUAGUUUUCUUGCUUCUUCUACUCUCCCUCCAUGGCAUUGCCAUCAUCAUCACUAAUGGAUAAUCUCAUAAUCGAAGAGAGAGAAGAAGUUAUGGUCUCUUCUGAGAACGGCGGCAAAGGCCGUUGCUUGAGUAAAGCCCAUUUCCUUAAACCCUUUCCGACCUCCAUUGAUGGCUCUGUUACUGUAGCCAAGCUUCCCCGUCGCGCUGAUACUUCUCUGCAGCUAGAGACUUCAAGGGAUUUCUUCUCUGGGUUUUGGUUGGCAGAGCGUCAUUUCGUAUCUUGGCUUGGAAAAAUGGAAGCUUUGUAUAAACCCAUUUGGAAAAAAGCUGGGAUUUUUGAGGCAAUCAAGGCAUCUACUUACAAUAUCACGAAAAGCCCGUCUCUGAUCUUCUCCGUUUCCGAGAAAUGGUGUUCCGAAACCAAAUCUUUCAUCUUCCCAUGGGGUGAAGCGACGAUUACGUUAGAGGAUGUAACGGUGCUUCUAGGGUUUUCUGUUUUGGGUUAUCCUGCUUUUGCUCCUUUAGAUACCUCAGAGAUGAGAGCUUCCGCAGCGAAACUUGAGAAAUUUAGACUAAAGAAAGCUUUCAGAGGUGAGAGAGUGAGCUUAAGAUCAUGGAAAUCGAUCUUCUUUGGUAGAGGUGAUCAGAUGGAGCAUGAAGCUUUUCUUGUUCUGUGGCUUUCGUUUUUCGUUUUUCCAGCUAGAGCUCGUCGUUGUAUUUCCAAACAUGUUAUCCCAAUCGCUGUUCGUUUAGCUAGAGGUGAAAGGAUUGCUCUUGCC